AUGUACAAAGCACCACCUAAGACUUGCAAUCAAUUGGCUUCAACUUUUUGGGGUAAAUGUCGAAGAGCCGAAAAACUGGCCAUCAAAACCAGUCAGAGUAACAGCUUAAAAUGUCUCUUUGAUCAUGCAAAAAGCUCUCGCACAGCACUCAAUUAUUUGCUUGUGUUACAGAAAGCAAUAGAACUUGCUAACAGGGCAGCGCAAGAAGAUAAAGCAGGAAACUAUGAGGAAGCCUUCCGCUUGUACCAGCACGCUGUGCAGUAUUUUCUCCAUGUUGUUAAAUAUGAAGCACAGGGUGAUAAAGCAAAACAGAGCAUUAGAACGAAAUGUACAGAAUACUUGGACAGAGCAGAAAAGCUGAAAGAAUAUCUGAAAAAGAGAGAAAAAACUGCACCAAAACCAGUUAAAGAGUCUGGUCCUACUGAUGGAAAAGGGAAUGACAGUGAUGGGGAAGGAGAGUCAGAGGAUCCUGAAACAAAGAAGCUACAGAAUCAACUUCAAGGAGCGAUUGUUAUGGAGCGACCUAAUGUAAAAUGGAGUGAUGUUGCUGGCCUCGAAGGUGCCAAAGAAGCACUUAAAGAAGCCGUGAUCUUGCCCAUUAAAUUUCCGCACCUGUUUACAGGAAAGAGAACACCCUGGAGAGGGAUUCUCCUGUUUGGACCACCAGGAACAGGAAAGUCUUAUUUAGCAAAAGCUGUGGCAACAGAAGCAAACAACUCUACCUUCUUCUCCGUAUCUUCCUCUGACCUUGUCUCAAAGUGGUUGGGAGAAAGUGAAAAAUUAGUGAAAAACUUGUUCCAGCUUGCCAGAGAAAACAAACCUUCUAUUAUCUUCAUUGAUGAGAUAGAUUCCCUCUGUGGGUCAAGAAGUGAAAAUGAAAGUGAGGCUGCUAGACGGAUAAAAACAGAAUUUCUAGUCCAGAUGCAAGGGGUUGGUGUUGACAAUGAAGGAAUCUUGGUCUUAGGAGCAACAAACAUACCCUGGGUUUUGGAUUCUGCUAUCAGGAGAAGGUUUGAGAAGCGUAUUUAUAUUCCUUUACCUGAAGACCAUGCCAGAGCUGCAAUGUUCAAACUUCAUCUUGGGUCAACUCCAAAUCUCCUAGAGGAAUCAAAUUAUCGAGAGCUUGGAAAGAGAACUGAUGGCUAUUCUGGUGCAGAUAUAAGCGUCAUUGUACGUGAUGCACUGAUGCAGCCUGUUAGAAAAGUGCAGUCAGCUACUCACUUUAAAAAAGUAAAAGGACCAUCGGUGUCUAAUCCAAAUACGACGGUAGAUUUGUUCACCCCUUGCUCUCCAGGUGAUCCUGAAGCCAUAGAAAUGACGUGGAUGGAGGUUCCAGGCGAUAAAUUACUGGAGCCUCAAGUUUCCAUGGACGAUAUGCUCAGGUCGCUAGCUAGCACAAAACCAACAGUUAAUGAACAGGACCUGGAGAAGUUAAAGAAGUUUACAGAAGACUUUGGUCAGGAAGGCUAAACCAAAGAUAUUUGUGGAGCAUUAGAACUUUUUUUUGCUUUCUUAAGUAUUCUUGUAUCUUUAUUGAUGGCACUUCAAAUAAAUGCCAAUAAAAUCACUCCUUUCUUCCUUUGCAGAGGAAUAGAAGAUGCCUGUGCAAAGACCCUUAAGCUUUUGUAUCGUAUUGUUUUCCUCAGAUGUCUAUUUAAAUGUCUUCUAUUGAAAAAUAAUAUGAAAAUACAAUUUUAGGGUAAGACAGCAAAGCGAUGUGGUAAAGUCUAUUAAAUACUAGAAAACUUUAAAUGAUGAGUUCAUUUUUAGGUAUUAUAUUAGACCUCGGUACAGGUGAGUUUUAAAUUCCCAGUAGGCUCAAAAAACCCUUUUUUGAGGGGUGGAAGAGAACAUAUUUGUCGGGUGUUUUCAGUAUCAGUCAAUCAGCCUACAUAUUAAUUGCUCUCAUUUCACUUAGAAAAAUGCAACAAAAUUUGCUAAUGAAGCAUACUGCAAGUGUGGGUUUGCUAUUAAAGUAAGAAAGAGAACACUGUGAGGAUAAGACUACACGGGCCAGUACUUUGUUUAAAUACUGAUGAGACUGGUAUUUGGCUUUUCCUGCUACGCUGUGUUAAAAUUUUGCCUUAAACAGCAAGCUUUUGUUUUUAACUCUGCUAGCUGGUACACACGUGUUGCUGUGCAAUUUAGCAAAAGUUUGUUGAAUGCAAGUAUCUCGGAAGGCUUUCUGCCAGCUGUUCUUGGUUUUUUUAAAUUUGGAUUUACUUUCUGCAGGAGUUUGACUAAAGUUAGAAAAAAGCAUCAGUAAUAUCCUGUAAGAUUCCACAUGUCGAGGCUGGCAAGGUAUAGGUACGCUUCGGAGAAUGUAUGGGAGGUAUUUUGGGCAAUAGCGUACUUUCACACGCGAGGAGAGUGUAACGGAUAUUUUAGCCACAGGCUUCCCAGUGACAAAUUAACUCCGAACCCUCCUGAUAACUAUUGCAUAUAGGUUACGUCAAUUUAGUGUUUAAAUUUUGCGAGAAGGCUGGCACUUUAGUACAGAAGUAGCAAUUCCGACGAUCUUUUUUCUGAAGAGCUACAAAUUGAGAUGUGCCUGAAUGUAACUUAACAACACUACAGUGUCAGCAUUGAGUUUGUGCCUUGUAAGUUUGCACUGGCUGUAGAUACGAAACAUCAUUAGGAUACCUAGAAUACUCUUAUGUUCCAUUAUCACUGUACAACUCUGUCCUGCAUAUGCUUUGUUUAACUUGCAUUAAAAGAAAUCUGCACAUUUUGUGUGCGUAUAUGUACAUAUACACAUAUGAUUGUCUUUUGAUGGGGUUUGGUCUCCUCUAUGUACAUAUUUUGUGUACUUUAUAAAUCAUAGGAUGGGUGAAAUUUGCUGUACUUAAAUGAAGUAAAAUGUUACAGUACAACAUCA